AUGCAGCAAGCGGUUGAUUGUGUGGUGGAAUGGGCUGAUAGCGUCGGCUUUAAGAUUUCCCCCAAGAAGUCUAACCUGAUGCAUGUCUGCUUUGACCACACACACAGGCCGGCUUUGCCCCCUGUCAGCAUCGGUGAGCACGCAGUCAAGGCCGUGCGCGAGAUGAAGCUACUUGGCCUCCUGAUUGAUAAUAAGCUAACUUUUAUCAAGCAUGCCAAGCAAGUGAAGGAGAAGCUCAAUACGAAGACCUGCUCAGGCGCCUUCAAGACUUCACCGGUAGCUUCUCUACUGGUGGAGUGCGGAAGACUACCACUUGUACAUCUGGUAGCAGAGGACCUGGCUACUAAGGCUGCGCGGGCCCUGGAAAGGGACCACCUGGCAGGUGGGAUGCCGGUAGUCCAGCUUGCCUCGAGUCAGUGGCACGAUCUUACGUCGACGAACCUCCCUUCGUUAGUCACUAGGCCUCGCCUAUGGCAACGGGCAUGGGACGCGGACGUCCCUAAGAUCGACUGGCGAAUGAGGGAGAAGUGCGGUGCUGGUGCCAACCCCGCGGUAGCUCAGGCUACCGUUACAGAGGUUGCAGCUUCGUACGCAGAUAGGCCACAGUAUUUCACCGAUGGCUCAUUAGUACAAGAGGAAGUAGGUUAUGGAGUGUCUGGGGAGGCCAUAAGCCGCUGCGGCCGGCUACCCGGUCUCUGUGGUAUCUUCUCAGCUGAGGCCUAUGCACUACUGCAAGCUUGCAGGCAUGCAAAUGGGUCUCAGGCUGUUGUCUUCUCGGACUCCGCGAGUUGUCUCUCCGCCCUAGAUCAUGGGAAAGUUGGACACCCGUGGCUGAUUGAGGUGCAACAGUACACGAACAUAACCUUUGUCUGGGUACCUGGACACGCAGGUAUCCCGGGCAACGAGGCCGCCGAUGUUCUAGCAAACCAGGGUCGUCAUGCUCCGCAGGAGGAAUCUUCGGUGCCUCUCUGUGACGUAACCCGCUGGAUCAAGCGGACCUCCAGAGAAACGUGGGACUCGGCCUGGUAUCACAACCGGGACGCUUUCAUACGUAGGAUAAAGAACGACACACAAGAGUGGAGAGAUGUUCCUAAUUCUCGAGAUCAGAAGAUUCUGACUCGGCUGAGAAUUGGACACACUCGGCUCACUCAUGGGUCAAGAUUCGGUGGUAAUACGGCCUACUGUCAGGGUUGCGGGCAAAUACUAGAUGUAACGCACAUACUAGUAGACUGUCCCGCGCGUGAGUUGUUAAGGGCGGAACACGGCGUUCGCGGCUCAAUACUGGAAGUAUUGGUGAAUGACCGUAACGCGGAAAAAGGAGUUAUUAAGCUGAUUAGGGCACUAGGGCUCUAUGAUGCUAUCUAG